AUGCCUGCUUUUCCCUUAGCGCUUAGCUUCUGGCACUCGUUGCGCUACCACAUCGGCUCUCUUGCAUUUGGUUCUCUUAUUAUUGCAAUGCUAAAGUUGAUUCGAAUACUUCUCCAGUGGCUUCAGUCCAAGCUUAAAUCUGCCGAUAAUGCGGUUGCUCGCUUUUUUCUCAAGUGCUUUGCUUGUUGUUUUUGGUGCCUUGAAAAGUUCCUGCGUUUCCUUAACAGGAACGCUUACAUUUUGGUACGUUUUCAUAACGACUAA